GAUCCUUAAACCCUGGCCCUCCGAACGUGCAUGAGUCUUAAAAAAGGUUGGCUAUCCUCAGUUGCCUUCCUGCCGCGCCGUUUCUCCUGCAGACGCCAUGCUCGACCGAUCUUUUUAGUUUCUUCUCGUUUUUCUUCGGCCCAAGUCAUUCUUUUAACACGCCUCAGCAUUCCUACCCAUUAAUUAGAAGGCCUGUUGCCCCACGUCUCUAUCGGUCGACGCCGUAUCGUAUAUAACCAACGAACUCCCGUCCGUCCGAUCCCAACACUCACGUCAUUUUCAUCCUUCCACCCCUCCUCAUCGAUCGUUUUUACUCUGACUCGCCCUCGAUCGAUUUACCUACGAAAUGGCACCAACAGAGGCACCUGAAAAGGUGGAGCCCAUCGAGUCGUCCACCGAAGACCGGGCUGAGAUGGAAUUGGUUAACGCGUCCGGCCAUCGCCAAGAACUCGACCGGAAUUUCAGUUUGCUGAGUAUCUGUGCUGUUGCGGUGACGACGGGAAACACAUGGAUUGCUCAAGGUGGCAGUCUGGUAACUGCAUUGGGUAACGGAGGACCGUCGGGUGUCAUUUACGAAUUCAUGGCCGUCUCGGUCUGUUAUUGGUUGGUCGCUGCGUCCAUCGCCGAACUGGCAUCGGGAAUGCCUUCCGCCAGUGGCGUCUAUCACUGGGCAUCGAUCACUGCCGGAAAAUAUGGCCGCGUUUGUGGAUUCUUCGCUGGUUUCUGGAACUGCCUCGCCUGGAUCCUUGGUGCUGCGUCCAUGUCGGCUAUCCUGGGCCAGCAGACCGUCUCGAUGUACGCCCUGAUGCACCCCGGCUUCGUGACCCAGUCGUGGCAUGUGUUCCUUAGUUUCAUCAUCUGCACGUGGAUGUGCUGCUGCAUCGUGCUGUUCAUGAACCGAUUUCUUCCCCACAUCGGCAACCUGGGAAUGUUUUUCAUUCUGGCCGGCGUGUUCAUCACGAUUGUUGUCUGCGCCGCCAUGCCCCAUGUCAACGGCACCGGACAUGCCUCGAACGAAUUCGUCUGGCGUACCUGGCAAAACCAGACCGGAUAUACUAGCAACGGCUUUGUUUUCGUGGCAGGAAUGCUCAACGGUGCUUAUAGUGUCGGAACCCCUGACUGCUCGACUCAUCUGGCAGAAGAGAUUCCCAGACCGAGCCGGAACAUCCCCAAGGCCGUCCUGGCCCAAAUGAGUGUUGGUUUCAUCACCGGUGUGCUUUACAUGAUUGCCGUCUUCUACUCGAUCAACGAUCUCGACGCCGUGAUGAACAGCGAAUAUGAUUUCCCGCUCGCCGAAAUAUACCGUCAAGCGACUGGCUCGCGCGGCGGCUCCCUCGGACUGCUCAUCGUGGCUUUCCUGCCCACCGUCAUCACCUGCGCCGGCUGCUACAUCACCGCCGGUCGUACUCUCUGGACCAUCUCCCGCGACAGAGCCACCCCCUUCUCCGGCUGGCUCUCGAAGAUCAACUCUCGCAUGCACAACCCUUUCAACGCCACCUUGGUCUGUGGUGGAAUUGUCACCAUCCUGGCCUGUAUCUACGUCGGAUCGACCACCGCGUUCAACGCCUUCGUCGGCUGCUUCGUCCAGCUGUCCAGUUUGUCCUACUUUGCCGCUAUCUUCCCGCAUCUCUUGACUCGUCGGUCUUCGUUUACCCCUGGUCAUUUCUGGCUCGGACCCGUCGGAUACGUCAUCAACGCGCUGAGCUGCAUUUACAUCCUGGCUUUCGUCGUUAUUUUCUGCUUCCCGUUCGCGUUGCCCACCGAUGCGGCGUCGAUGAAUUACGCCAGUCUGAUGACCGGUGGAUUGACGAUCUUUGUGGCGAUCUGGUGGCUCUUCCGCAUGAGGUCCUACGAGGGACCUAAGUUUGUUCCCCUGACGGAUAAGAUCCUGAUGGACGAUGCGAAAUAGAUUUUGAUAGUGGCUAGAAUUGGAGGAGGUAAUACAUCAGACCUUUUGAUAUGAUGGGCAGACAUUUGCCCGGAUUAGAUCUUGUGGAGAUGUCACUUAUAAAAUAAUCGUCGUUUCGUGUUUCUAGAUUAGAUCUGUAUAGUCCAAGAGGCAUCCUGUAUUGGCUGGUGUCCAAAGAAUUUAC